UUACAACAAGGAAGUGGCGCUGUAACGUCCCAGUGUGGACUGAUUUAUUUUAUAAGCUGCUUAGAAAGACAGACAGUAGGUUUUUAAGCCCAUCGCGCCGGUAGAUAAGCUUGCCACACUGUACUAAAGGUUGUAUAAGUGUGUUUCUUAAUUUAGUUCACCUGAAAUUAGGGUCUGUUGAUGGGUGAAGUUGGGUCGCUAGACAGCAAAAAGUGGCAGGUGUGUGUUUGAAUGACUUAACUCUCAUUCAUUCAAGAUUCAAAGUAACCAAUCUGCCACCGGCUUGAAACAAGAAAGUGUUCAAAGAACUUCUGGGGUCUCCCCAGCCCCCAGUCUUCAUCAUGAGGAUGAUAAUGUUCUUCCUGGUUGGGCUUCUGGUCCAUGUAAUUUUCUUCAUCUCCAUAUUUGACAUCUACUUCACAUCGCCCCUGGUCCACGGCAUGGCCCCCCAGGUGUCCCCCCUGCCUCCCCCUGCCUCCCGCCUGCUGCUGGUGGUUGCAGAUGGACUCAGGGCAGACAGCCUCUAUAAGCCUGAUGCCAAUGGAUCCACCAGGGCUCCUUACUUAAGGAGUGUGAUGGAAGAAACAGGGAGUUGGGGUGUGUCACACACUCGUGUUCCCACCGAGUCUCGGCCUGGACACGUUGCUUUGAUCGCUGGCUUCUACGAAGAUGUCAGCGCUGUAGCUAAAGGCUGGAAGGAGAAUCCAGUGGAGUUUGACUCCGUGUUCAAUGAGAGCAGACACACCUGGUGUUGGGGCAGCCCUGACAUCCUGCCCAUGUUUGCCAAAGGUGCCAGUGGGGACCAUGUGUACACCUACACCUACCCAGCAGAGAGAGAGGACUUUGCCUCCACUGAUGCCUCCAGACUGGACACCUGGGUCUUUGAUGAAGUCAAGUCGUUCCUCCAGUCUGCCAGGGUGAACUCCAGUCUGAUGUCCAGUUUACAGAAGGAUCAGAAUGUCUUCUUCCUCCACCUACUGGGCAUUGACACCAAUGGACACGCCCACAGACCCAUGUCACAGGAAUAUCUAGAGAACAUACGUCUGGUUGACUCUGGGGUGAAAGAGCUGGUCUCCAUGGUCGAGGACCUUUUUGGCAACGAUGGAAGAACAGCCUAUGUGUUCACCUCUGACCACGGCAUGACCAACUGGGGCUCCCAUGGUGCAGGCCACCCCUCUGAGACCCUGACCCCAUUGUUGGUGUGGGGAGCUGGGGUUCACACUGCUCAGAGAGUCACUGAACCCCAGAAGUACUCAGAUGGAUACCUACAAGAAUGGCAGCUGGAGGGCCUCCGCAGGGUUGAUGUCAAUCAGGCAGACAUAGCGCCACUGAUGUCAUCUCUUAUUGGAGUGCCUAUUCCUCUCAACUCUGUGGGUGUGUUACCACUGCAGUAUCUGAACAACAGUGACCAGUUUAAAGCUGAGAGUAUGUACUCUAACGCCAUCCAGAUACUGGAGCAGUUCAAGGUGAAGAUGGCUCAGAAAAAGGAAACAACUUUAUCCUUUCUCUUCACUCCAUACCAGUUGCUGACAGAGUCACGCCAGGCAGAGUUUAUCAACAAGGCCAGGGUUCUGAUCCAGCUAGAGGAAUAUGAAGAAGCUAUCUCUCUGUGCAGGUCUCUGAUUGGCCAUGCGUUGGAGGGUCUGUCCUACUACCACACCUAUGACCGGUUCUUUCUGGGCUGUAGUGUUGUGCUGGGCUUCACAGGCUGGACCUCCUAUGUGGUUCUUGUUAUACUGAAGACACACGCCAGUCUCAGGAGACCACCCACACCCACUGACCAGGUGUCUAGUAAAACCCUGUGGUGGAUGGGUGUGGGAGCUACGCUGCUGAUUGGAAUGUUCCUGAUAAUCCAGAGAAGUCCAGUAACCUACUACAUCUACUGUCUACUGCCUGUCCCUGUCUGGUACUCUGUCCUCAAAGAGUUUGGAACUCUAACAGAUCUGGUUCGUUCAUACAGUUCACUACCACUGGGUAAAUGCUUUGGCUACUUUGCCCUGGUCACAUUUGGGAUUGAACUUCUGGUGGUGAGUUUCUUCUAUCGGGCCAUGUUGACUGUAGGCCUGGCUGUUCUCUCUCUCUGGCCCCUCCUCUCUGGCCUCUACAGCAAGGCCAAGUUUAGGUCAGUGAGCUGGGUCCUGUGUUGUUUGUUUCUGGCCACAUUUCCCAUGAUGCCAGUUGUUGGGAGAGAAGCCAACAUCCACAUGGUUACCUGUGCAGGUGUACUCUCUCUGUUCAUUUCCACCUUUUACCUCUGGUUGGCACGGAAACGGACUACACUACACCUGACUGACCGCUACCUCUUAACCUUCCAGAUGCUCCAUGUAGCAGUGUGUGCCUAUGUGCCCACCAGCACUCACUCCAGUCUGCAGCUGAAACAGGGUCUGCCUCUCCUCAACCAGAUGAUCAGUUGGACUACACUGGGUUCCUCUCUGUUUGUUCCUUUGUUGAGUUCUACUCGUUUGUUCCAUCGUCUGCUCAGUAUCUUCCUCUCCCUCACAGCCACCUACCUACUACUGAGUACUGGGUCUGAGGCUCUGUUCCCGCCAGUCUUGUCCUGGCUGAUGUUUGUGUGGAUCAACAUAGAACAGGAAGCCAUGCUCUCUCAAGGUAUCUCUGGGAGACAGGAGCUGUCCACGCUUGACUUCUCUGAAAACAUUGACAUCACCAAGAUCAGACAACUAAAGCUGGAUGACAUCAGAAGAUCCUACUUCUUCGUUUUCUUCAUAAUUACAGCCUUCUUUGGUACUGGGAACAUAGCAUCCAUUAACAGUUUUGAUCCAGCCUCAGUGUACUGCUUCCUCACCGUCUUCAACCCCUUUAUCAUGGGAGGCCUGAUGAUGUGGAAGGUGAUAAUCCCAUUCAUCAUCGUUAUGUGUACGUUUGAAACCAUCCAGGUCUCUACACAACUUUCCUCCAGAAGUCUGUUCCUCAUCGUCCUGGUGAUUUCUGACCUGAUGGCUCUGCAUUUCUUCUUCCUAGUGCAGGACUAUGGGAGCUGGCUGGACAUUGGCACCAGUAUCAGCCACUAUGUGAUUGUGAUGUCCAUGACCAUCUUUCUGAUGCUGCUCAGUCUCAUGACCCACAUCCUCACGUCCGGGAGAGUCUCUCUGUGGAGGACACGCAAGAUGCACUUCCCCUGAACACACUCUCUCUCACUCUGUGUGUGAGUUUUUAAUCAUGCCUAUUUGUUAACAUUCUCCAUUAGAUUUACCUGAAGUGCACAAUUAUGCAAAGCAAGAUGCCGUAGGACUAACUUUUGAUGUGCACUGGAAUUGUUUUAUUGUAGAUGUCUACAUUAAAACUGUGGCUUAUCAAAGUCAAGGUAGCAAAAACAUAACCACAUGUAACUUAUGGAGUUAUUCCCGUAAAAGUUCAAUUAAAUGCAGUCUCAAAUAGCCGCCUUUCCCUUUUGAAUAGUCGGGUAACGGCACACAUUUCAGCAAAUGAACGCUGUUUACGAGGUUACCAUGAAUUGCCAUUAAUUGUUUACAAGGUUUAAUGUUUGAUUUGUUAAAUUUCACAAAUUCAGUAAGGACUCAAAAAAAUAUAUAGCAAUCAUCCAUUUUUAUCGACAGUGAAAAGCUGAGAACUGUUAGCUAACUGGCAACCACAAAAAGUCAACAACUUCGGGAGUACAGACCCCCAGAAAUUGGCUGUUCGCCCUCUAGUGGCAAAAGUAAGAACUGCCGAAAUAUAGCCAUACUAAGACAAAAGAAACGUGACAAUGUAAAUGAUAACACAUUUGUGCAGGAAAUGAAGACAUUGAUUAAAAUGCUGGAAGUGAUUGCUGGAAUUAAACCAAUAACUAUGCAAAUGAGGAAAAUCUGUGAAAUAGACACCUGGCUCAAAUAGAAGCCUGUCUCUAAUAAUCCUCUUUCUGUUUUCAGUGAUUCAAGCUGAUAAACUCCCAGGCUUUUUGACUUUUUUAUUUAUUUUUUAACUUUUUUAACGGUACAUAAACUGAUCAGAUCAGAAUUCUGAAGUCUGACAAAUGUUGUUUUUUUUGAGGGGCGACAAUGUCAUAGAGGACCCGGUGUGCAUUCAUGACUACUCGUUUUCAGCCAACUUACAAGCAAAUAAUUGACCAUCUCAUGGUAAGAGUGGCUGAGUUACUAAGCGAGAGUCAGGGUAGAGAGGCACUUCAGAGGGAGAAUCAGUGAAUCCAAUAGCGAUAUAAGUAGGGGAAAUCUAAAGUAGAUAGAUUUCAGAGGCAACACUCCAUAGGCGACAGAGGUCACAGGUGUCGAGGGGAACAGUCAACAUGCCGGCGAACAGAGGAAGGCUCCAGGCAGGUGGAAAUGAUCACAUAACAGCACAGUCCAAACACCGAUGUCAGCCAGCUAGCGCGCUAGCACUAAGCCGAGGUUACAAAAGCUCCGGUAGGCCAAAAAGUGGACAAAACAAAUUACGAAAGACAGACGAGGUACUAAACAAUUAGAGUAGGCAGGGAUGAUUUGAAGCAAGUCACAUUCUGAAUGUGCAGAAUGCCCCAUGUGUAAUAUUAGUUUAAUAUUGGUUUACAUCACACUUCCUCAUGAAUGUUGGAUUGUAGCUCACCACCGCCAACACUCGGUCUCUUAAUGACGGUGGCAAUUGUGCAUUGUGGGUAGUUUAGACGUUAUCCGAAAAUAAGUUAAUACAUAUUUAAAACCCCAAAACAGAACUAUUUUGGAAGUUAUAGUUAACCAGAUCGUGACUACAACUAAGUUUGACUACACUGUGUUGUCACUUUGUUGAGUAAAAACUGCUGCUUUCUACCCUUUAAGUCUAGGUAUAAGUCUAUCUGAAAGAUCUGUAUAUGAUGUUGACAACACUAUUUUCAACUACUGUUCACCAAAAACAUUAUGUAUAAUUUAAAUGAAGCCAUUAAGUAAUGGAACAAGAGUAAUAAUAUGCCAUUUAGCAGACGGUUUUAUCCAAAGCAACUUAGUCAUGCGAGCAUACAUUUGACAUAUGGGUGGUCCCAGGAAUCAAACCCACUACCCUGGUGUUAAACGCCAUGCUCUACCAACUGAGCUACAAAGGACCAUGCUCAAGAGUAGCCUAACUAAGUUAAUUGAAUAGUUGAUAAGGGAUGUAUUUGUGUGUUACUAAUGUGUCAUUGAAUUGUUUCCUACUUCGAUGUGUGGUAAAUAGUAUAUUCUACAGGGUUAUCUGUCAUAUUAAUAUUGUAUUACAUCUAUUUUUGUCAACUGAUACUAUAUGAUGUAUUACCUGGUGGAUAUGGAUGGUGUAUUAAAAUGUUAAUUUACUGCCA